CCCGGAAGCGCUCUGUUACCCGGAAGCGGAAGUGGUUGGCAAGAUGGCGGCGGCAGCAGCAGUGGGGGAAGUGGCGGCAGGUGGCCCGGAGCCCCCGGUGUGCGUGCUGGUGCUGGGCAUGGCCGGCUCCGGCAAGACCACGCUCGUGCAGCGGCUCGUCGCGCACCUGCACGGCCAAGGCGCGCCCCCCUACGUCAUCAACCUGGACCCCGCCGUGCACGAGCUGCCCUUCCCCGCCAACAUCGAUAUCAGAGAUACAGUAAAAUAUAAAGAAGUCAUGAAGCAAUAUGGACUGGGCCCAAACGGUGGAAUUGUGACCUCUCUCAAUCUCUUUGCCACAAGAUUUGAUCAGGUAAUGAAGUUUAUUGAAAAACGACAGAACACAUCCAAGUAUGUCCUUAUUGAUACACCAGGGCAGAUAGAGGUGUUCACCUGGUCAGCCUCUGGCACCAUCAUCACUGAGGCACUGGCUUCCUCCUUCCCUUCAGUUGUCGUUUAUGUAAUGGACACAUCUCGCAGUACCAGCCCAAUCACCUUCAUGUCCAACAUGCUGUAUGCAUGCAGUAUCCUGUACAAAACCAAACUGCCUUUUAUUGUGGCUAUGAACAAGACAGAUAUCAUUGAUCACAGUUUUGCAGUAGAAUGGAUGCAAGAUUUUGAGACCUUCCAGGAUGCCCUGAAUCAAGAGACCACAUACGUCAGUAACCUGACACGUUCCAUGAGUCUGGUGUUGGAUGAGUUUUACAGCUCACUUAAGGUGGUGGGUGUUUCUGCUGUGCUGGGAACGGGCCUGGAUGAAUUUUUCGUGCAAGUCUCCAAAGCUGUAGAGGAAUACGAGAGGGAAUAUCGUCCAGAAUACGAGCGUCUGAGGAAAAAGCUGGAGAAAGCCCAGAGCAAGCAGCAGAAGGAGCAGCUGGAACGUUUGCGAAAAGACAUGGGCCCAGUGUCAGUGGAGAGCACCUCACUCGCAGGUCCCGCUGACACGUCUGCAAUGGGCCCCUCCGAUUUGAUCCUGACAAGGGGAACGUUGGAUGAUGAAGAGGAGGACAGCGAUACCGAUGACAUCGACCAUCAGGUCACUGAAGAGCGCCAUGAAGAGCCAGCCUUCAAGAACUUCAUGCAGGAGACGAGGAUGAAGUACCACAAAAAGUGCGCUCGGGGAGUGGGAGACAUCCAGAAGUAGGAGCUUGGAGCCCUUGAGUUGGAGAGAGGACCCAGGGGAGGGGCCUGGGCAAACCCGAGCUCAGUGCUGAGCCCAGUGUCUGCAAACCAUGUCCCUGCUGUUCCUCUGUCUGCUGGAGCUCUGCCCUCAGAACCAGGUACUGCCGGGACUUGUACACCCCAGCAGGGCUGAACUUCACCUUUAUCUGCUCGUGGCCAAGCUGCAUCUGCUGGGGGCUGGCAUUUCCAGAGGGCUCAGAAUGGUCAUCUGAAGUCUUGAUCUGUUGCCAGGUUAGCACCUUCAUACCAGCCAGAACGCGUGGUUUCCCUUGGGGGCAGAGAACAGGCAAUGCCCCUGUUGGAGCCCUCCUGCGGGCCUGUCCCAGAGUCAGCGUGAUGGGGCAAGAUUCAGUUUUAAAUAUCCUGGAGCUGCAGAGUCUGUCGGUGGAAGGGCUCUGCAUUGCAUCUUCCCAGAAUGUGUCGGCACCUCCUGAGUGAACCCGCUGUAGCUCAUGCCGCUGCAGGCCUCUGCCCCACACCCUAUUUUGUAAUUGAAAGUAUUUUUUCUAUGGUGGA